GUGGGACAGGAUGCGGGGGCACAGGAAGAGGGCGCAGAGCCCCGACGAUUUCUCUUCUUCUUCAUAGGGGAUCGUUUCGUCUCAUCGACGUCGAACGUGACGACGGGCAGCGAGCACGCCGAGGACGACGACGACGUCAAUUGGGUGCAUCAUUGAAACGAGCACUGCCGUUUGUUCUCCAAGAUGGCGGACGAAAAGGAGAAGCAGACGUUCCUGCAGAAGCUGCUGUUCUACACGACCGCGUUCUUCAUCCUCCUCAGCACCUUCAGCCUCUUUGCCUUCCUCUUCUUGGUCCCCUUCGUCAUCGACCCCGCCUUCACCACCAUCUUCAUGCAGUUCGACACUCGGCCAGCCGAGUGUAUCACCAUCGACGUUGAGUCCAGGAGAGGUACGAGCAACUGUUCAUGGACAUCCUGUAGAGAGGGUUGCACCAAGGAGCUGUACGAUUGCACGCAAAUACGCGUCAACUACAAGCUACCGACUAACACGUCCGAGGAUAUCGAUGGACAGGGCGAGGGAGGCGGGGCGGUAGGAGGUGUCGAGGAUGACGAAGACAGCACGACGAUGGGCAAACCGCGUUACGAACGCUCCCUCAGGGAGUACGAUUACGACGAAGACCUUGACGAUGACUUCGCCGAGGACGACGAAGCUGGACUGCUGAAACCCUUCCCUACAGGUCUCAUGGGCAACGACUCCGAGUGGUACUUCACCGGGGCGAAGCUGUUCCCCAACGUAAAAGGCUGUGGAUACCCUCCAAUGCUGAAUUGCAGUAUUUUCUACCGGCAGUACGCCAACAUAGGGCAGAACUUUAGCUGUUACUACUCGAAAGUGGAUCCCGGGAUAGUCAUCAGCGACCUCGACAUGUGGCAGGUGUACAUGAAUCUGGUGUACGCGAUGGCGAUUCCGAUACCGUCUUUCAUAAUCUCGGUGAUAUACCUCACCAUCGCCUACUUCAAGAUCUACAACGAAGAGGAGAAGGUCCUCGUGAUUGGCGAGGAGGGCAAGGACGGCAUAGACGGGGAUCGUAGUAACGCGACACCCUCGCCACAGACGAGCGGCGCACUUACGGCCCGUAGCGAAGCUUUCAGGGAAGACCUAGUGAAUCCAAGCUUCGGGCAUCAGCUGAAAGUCGCCAUGGUCGACGACGUGAGCAGAGAAAGCCUGGAUGGGAUACCCAACUCGUUCUCUAUUCAGGGAAACUUGAGCAAGACGAUGACGACGAGUAUCUCAACUCCCCCUGGGCCGACGGCGGCAGUCUGAAGCGGCAAUUUCAAGGUCUGAACAACAUCUCCUGGAAGCCGCGCUAAGUGACCCAAAAGCACGGGGACGAGAGACAGACGGAGAGAGCGAGAGAUUCUACAGUAGCUUAUUAACGUUACCGACCGCGGACAGCCAAUAUUCUCUCACCUACUAACAAGAAUGAAAACCCAGUACUAUUAACGCCAGCUGCAGAAACUAGCUUCGGGAACGUUCACCGAGUGAACCAGAGGCAGACGGGACGUUCGACGCGAGAUUUCCAGACGGGAAACGGGGCGUCGAUACGUCGUCCUCUCCUCGAACGAACAGAGAAGUGAUCCAGAGUGUCGUUCAACGAGUAGUGUUUUUAGUACGCCGCACGCUAUCGCAUAACUGUCCCCGUACGCGCUAAUUAUUAUCCAUAGAGACAAACGAUAUUUUGUGACAGACUUUUUUCUACUCGAUAACCGCCCGUGUCGCGACCGUCUCUAAGGGCGGCCCUAAACAGGACCGCCGAUCAAUCCGUCGAGGACUCGUCCUUCUUUGGCCGAUCGUGGACGGCUGUCGCCAAAACGAUCGCCUCGAUUGGCAAGAAUCCAGCGAGGAAAUAUUAUAUUUGGAUUCGUUGCCGAUGUUCCGACGCCAAUUUCAGGGUCUCGUCCUGAGGGGUACUUCCGAAACAAACCAAACGGAUUUCAGAAUAAAUUCUACAAUACUCCAAUAAGUCGAAACGUUUGGGAGCGUUUAAGAACGUUUGAAUUCUGAAUUACUACCACUUCUCGUCUGUUCAAUUGGGUUUCUAAUGGUCGUUUAUAACAAGGUUUGAAGAUGAUAAAUUGAGAUAAAUGAAACUGAUCAUUUGGAUGUACCAAGAGGGAUUAAUCACACCUUGACGCAGUCAAUAGAAGAUCCGAAGGGAGAUACUGACCAAUAUAGAUUUAAAUCUGUUGAUGAUCGAUGCUCGAGUAGCUUAAACAUUACACGAAACAGCCACCGAAGCAUUUGCCUUCUGAAUUAUCAUCGAUCGUUUCCUGUUGAAGUGAGUUUUCCAAAGUCGUCUAUGAUAUAAAAUUGUAAAAUUUAAUUUGAAGCAAUCACGAAUUAAACGAAUUAAAUACACAGAUGGUCAGAACACCAUUAGGGUCUUGAUUUGGAUUUCCAGCCAAUGUUUAUAUCGAGGCACAAACGUGCAAAUUGAAGGACUAAUUUUCAGUCAGUGAAAGGAAGAAUUUGGUAUUAAAAUAUACAGAGUAUUUCACAACGUGUGGGCAUAACUUCAGAGACGAUUUCAGCACAGUAAAAUAAUAAAAAAAUUCAUAUAAACGUGUAUACUAUACCGAAUACACCUAUCUUUACAGAAAUUUUUUAAAGUAGGUACCUUUAAAUGUAUAUUCGCCUUUUUGCGUUUCUAUAACCUGCCAUUGUCAAUCUAAAUGCAAAUUGUCACAAAACUGUACUAACUUUCAGUUCUUUAAGAGAAUGCACCGACUCGAGCACGUUACAAAAUAGUGUUUAAGGAAACCUGACUUAUAAACAGUCGAAGAAAGAGUUUAUCGUAAAAAUUACUGGAAAACAAAAUGGCUGCAACCUAAGAAUAAAGUCACAUGUUAAUGGUCUCAUUUUACCGUGUUGAAUUUGCCUUUUGAAGUUGUAUUAACGUGUUUUGGAACACCAUAUGCAUAAGAUCAAUACUGAAAUCACUUAAUCGUUGCACGAUGCAAACAGUAAAACACUGAACAGUUGAGGCUUAAUUCGAUGACAGUAAGAAAAACUUCAAGUUGGGUUUUCGUUGGAUGUUUAAAAAAGACUCAAAUACGUAAAUCGAAGCAGUCGAAAUAAAUUCUUGCAUGUCUCAGAGAGAACUAAUCAUCCGUAGAUAUAUCGAAAGAAGAAGCUGGCCAGUCAAUACUUAAAUCUGUAGACAACCUAUGCUCAAAAUUAUUUACUACGCGAAGCAGAGGAAAGCAUUUCCCUUCAAAAUUACCAUCACUGUUCGGAAAUAUAAAUCGAAGCAGUCGAAGUCAUCAUUGUUCGUUGGAAGGAGGAUCAUCGAUUUGAUCCAUCCAAUGCAUCAACAAGAAGAACGAAGAAUCCUAAGAAGAAGCUGGCCAGUUUAGAAUUAAGUCUGCAGAUGAUCUCUUAAACUAUUUGCUUCCGAAUCACUGCUAUUAUGCCUGUUGAAUUGUUCAAAGGACGUUUACAAUGAGAUUCAAAAUCGCAAGUUGAAUUAGUCGCUGAUUCUUAAGUGUUCCAAGAAGCACUGAUCGUCUCUGAACGUUUUCGAAAGAUCAAUCCAAAGAAGAAUUUGGUCACUCGGAACUUAAAUCGCCAUAUUAAGCUGUUUCCUUCUAAAUCACUGCUACAUGCCUAUCGAAUUGUUCAACCGGAGGACGUUUACGAGUUUCUUUACUCGAGAUCGUAAACUGAACUAGCGCAAACAAUUCUUAGGUGUUCCAAGAAGCACUAAUCGUCUCUGAACGCUUUCGAAAGAAGAAUUCAAAGAAGAGUCGCGAUCACUCGGAGCUUAAAUCUCGUCGAGAUAUUCCUAAACCCUUUCGGAAACGCCCUGUAUGGUGUCGAGAACCGGUUACUAUCGUGCACAACGUUUCCUCCGUGCGAUAUCCGCAAACGACUCUCACCCAAUUCUGCCGCGAAACGCCCAGACAGGCCAAAACUGUCUGGCGUCCGUACGUCGAGCGUCGACUCGAUCGACAAGAAGAAGAACGCGCACACGUGCGAGCCACUUCCGCGGUCUGCUCCACCACAUCGUGAUAGAAGUCGCGCGAAAGCAUUCCUGCCGAUCCCGACUGCACACUACACACACAGAACACACAAAACCACACAAACACGCGCGCGCGAUCCUUUCUCUCUGCGACGACGCGUAAUAACAGGCUGACUCUGGUUCACUCGUCGAGGCGGAAGAAACGACGAUCGAGAAGAAGAGUUAGGGAAACCGAACGCGCGACGAACGGUCGCACGGUUCGAACUAAAUAGCUUGAACGAGCAAAUUCGCUAAUUUAAGAGUACCGUUACCAAUUAACAAGUAUUACUAAGUUAAUCCGCUUGCUGUGUGAUCAUGACGCAUCUGAGAUACGCCGCUCUCCACGUGCAUUGUAGACGAGUCGAACACUGCAUCAAACACUCGAGACACGAACAUACACGCACACAAGUACAUACAAACACGUACACACACGUAUAUAUACGCGUCCGUUUGAACGCGCCGCGACACACAUGCUUCUGAUCAGGCAUUCUCUCGUGGCUUGCGUGCCAGCUGGAUCGAAAAUCGCCACCCCUUCGCGGUACCAGCGUCCCUUUUGGCUGGUGGAUGAACGGAGUUCGUUAGAAAGUGAAUUUGUUGAAGGAACAUUGGGGUUAGGAAGCCAGAAGGACGACAGAUUUUGAAGCGGGGCUGAUUUUUACCGAGCAUCCACGACCACCCUCUAUUAGCAAUCUUUCGUCUUUUCAGACUGUUCAAAAUCGCUUUUAAAUUACUAAACUCACGGUCGUUUUAACUACUAUAUUUUUAUAUUCUGACUUUUGAAUUAUUUGCCUUUGAUAAGCGUGGGCAAAUUUGACUUUUUCACUGCCGAAUUGAUCGAUGGUAAGGAGGGACUCUGAGUCUUAAUUUCACAAUUUUUUCGUUUCGAUUAUAGUUGUAAAUAUCUAUAAGAGUUAUAAUCGAGAAGUAAAACAUUUUGCAGAAUUAUUCACGAAUCGUACAGAAAAUUUAACGAUCUUGUCGGAGGAAUGCAUUGCACUAUUCUUUAUUAGUGUGGACCGUUUACCUCGCUAACUGAUCAAAUUUCUCCCUCGAUAACUGAACGGGGAAUUAUGUCCGUGAGCGUUCCUCUACUUUACUCGUUCAGAAAUUGGAUUAAGUCGUUUUUCGGAAGAAAAAUCGUUGCCUAUAAUCGAACAAGAAGUUAGUCAAGGAGCGAGGUAAUAUUGCGACUGCUUUUAUUCGUCGAAUGCUCUAAGAAGAGAAAUCGCAAACGCGUUAAUUAUUACUCGCUUGUCGUGCUACGCAUUUACAUUUUUGCAAUUAUUUCCAAUGCAAGAAAUAAUCACAGUAGUAAUUAGAACACAGUUACUUAUAACCUUUAUUUAUUAUAACGUUUGACGUAUAAAAGCUAGUGUUUUGCAUUGCUCAAACAACGAAGCCAUGAAUUAUUUCGACAGACUUGACUGCAAUUAAAUAAUAAUUGAAAUAAUUAUGUAGGUAACCCGCGUAACUAUUUAAAUUCUAAUUCGAGUAACUGUUACAGUAUACGACUAGGUACCAAUUCAGACAUCUAUUUGAAUGCUGAUUGCAUUAGUGUUCAAUUAGGUACCCAUUUGGAUGCCUAUUUAAGUUCCUGCGUUGAUACCCAAGAUAUUUAGAUACAUAUGUGUCUCGUAAAGUACCCAUUUGAGUUACCUAUUCAUAGCUCUAAAUUCUCCUUUUGUGAGUUGCACGUACUUGAGCAUCAAAUUGUCUCUCAAGACAUAUCUCCAAAAUUCCAUUAUUUCUACUACUUGGAUCUGUUCGUGUUCCGAGAUACUAUUGUAAAACGAACCAAUGCAAUAAAGUCCAUUAAAAAUAUUCAAUGUUUGUCAACCGUAAAAAUGUCUUAGUAAAAGUCAGCCUCGUUUCGAAACUAUCGUAACGCCAGGACAUGCGUUUGUGUCGCGGAAAAAUGUAAUUUUUCGAGGGAUGCUCGGGUCAGGUUCGUCGCUAGGAACGAAACAGGCAUUUCUUUCCCUUUGCAUCGUAAGGCGCCGAAGACGAUUCGCAACGGAGAAUUUAAUACAUAGAAUUAUGAUCGAAAACCCAACCUCCUCCACGAUUACGUAAGGCCACUUGCGCAGCUGGUAAAACAAGUAACAGUAGUUUUUCGUGGCCUGGUUGCUGCGCGUGAAUCGAUACGGGUGGCGCAGGACGGGUUGAACCUUCACCCCUGAGAUCGAUGGAAAAAAUUGAUGCUUAAAGAAAUUGGCGGCGCCUAGAAGUCGAACGAUUUUGGGGACUCCCGGCGCUGAGUUACGAUCGACUGUCCAGAUCCGUCGAUAAUAAGAUACCGCGAAUUAUCGAAUAUCGUUCAGACGCGAGCCACGACGUUUCCAUCCAUGAUUUCCGUUCGUUCGUCCCCGAACGAAUCUUCGACGAGCAUCGUUCAUAGUACGCGACAAUUAAUCUUAAGUACGUACGUAGCAGCGAUCGAUUUGCGUGGAAUUUGCGAAGCAUCGCGGCGUUUAUUAACGAUAACUUUAUUGUUCCAUGGCGCGUAGGAGUUAUCGAUCAAACGUUUGCACCGUGGACACCAAACGCCGUUCGAAAAUUGAUAUCACGAUGGCUCGUAAAUUGAACGAUUUGCCGGCCAACCACGGAACAAAGAAGAUGAAUGUUGAAACGCGAACGGAGACAGUUGUAGCACUGAAAGAAAAGCGUCUCUUGGCCCAUUCAGACCUUCUUUAUUCUCGCUGGAAAGCGAAGCAAUUACCUUGGUGCUUGACCCGAAGACGAUUACAAUAUCUGCAUAGGGUGUAAAUUUUAACGUUCCACGUAGCAUCGAAAUAUUUGAGAAGAGACCUCAUUCGUCACGAGCUCUCGUCAUUUUGCAAUUUUUGCGAUCUACUUCGCGUACGAACAACCGACACACUUACACACAGACGCAAACAAACGCGUACACUCGGUUUGUAAUACGCCUUCGCCGAACGAACGUGCGCACACUGGUAUACACGGAAACAUACAGAAACACGUGGAAACAUACGCAAACAGAUACACACUGAUAACCCAUGGAAGAAAAUAUUAAUUGAAUUGUUUUUAUGGAUUAAGAACAAGUUGUCUGUGAUCUACAAUAAUUAAAAGAAUAUUUAAUAAGUAUUAACAUGGUAAAUGCAUAACUGACAUGUCGAUAAUGUCGAACGAAUCGAUUUAGGGGAUAAUAAUAAUAAAAGAAAUGGAGAGAGAGGAAUAAUGGAAAACGAAAUAGAAGGGAAUAUAACUGUCAGAUAUAUCGGAGAUAGAGCAAUACGAUUAAAAAGAAGAAUGGAUAAAAUGGGGAACGAUUAAUCGCAUUAACGACGUCACUGCAAAGGAAUUCUAGAGAAGAGGUAUAUUAAAUAAAUACAUAAAUAUAUAUAUAUAUAAACUUUAAUUAAUAAAUAGAUUUACAAUGGAGCACGCAACGUCUAAAUAUGUAAUCGCUGUUGUUAAUCAAUGAUUCGCGAUAUAAUGGGAGGAAAAAACCGAGGUGCGUGCUGCGUUCGAAGUACCGAGUAAAAUACAAAAAAAAUUAUAUGAAUAAAUAAACAAAUAAAUAUAUAUAUAUAUAUAUACAUACAUAUGUAUAUAUAUAUGGCACUUGACCGUCGCGGCUAAAAGUACAUAGGAUAGAUAGAUUUAUAGAAGCGCAAAAAAAAAAAAACACCAAAAAUCGUUCCUUCCACCCGCUCCGGCCGUGUAUUUGAUUAUCGAUUUUAAAUAUAUCGCAAUUUAUGUGAAGUCAAGAGAAGCUCUGUGAAUUUGUAAACGCACCUCAGAAUGCAAGUAGUACGUCAUUUUACUAAUGCAAGGGAGAAGGCGAAGAAUACUGCAAGAACGAAGACGGGAGACGAACGAAAAAAAGGGAUAUAAAAAUGCCACAAUCACCGAGUAAUAAGUUGUUCAACGAGCGUUGCGAAAGAUGUUCGAGAUAAUUUUUGUACAGUUUUGGCACA